UCUCUCUCUCUCUCUCUCUCCCCCCGUCGCUCUCCCUCAUCUCAUUGUUUCAGAGUUGGCCAAAUUCGAAGUCCUUUCCAGGGAGCGGCCCUGUUCAUCUUACUCUCCAGCCAAAGUGGAACAGAGUGAGAACGAGACAGACACAUUCAGCAAGCAAAGGACUGGGUGGAAAGAGCAGAGAACCGUAAACAACAUGCUGCUUCUGGGACCCAAAGUGCUGCUGCUUCUCGCUGCACUCAUCAUCCCCUCUGACUGGACACCCCUAGGGGUCACUGGUCAACGAGGAGAUGAUGUAACUUCAGUGACUCCAGAAGCAUUCACAGAAGAUCCUAAUCUGGUGAAUGAUCCCGCGACAGAUGAAACAGCCUCACCCAGUGAUAAAAACGCCACCACAGAGUGCCGCGAUGAGAAAUUUGCCUGCACGAGACUCUACUCUGUGCAUCGGCCGGUCAAGCAAUGCAUCCAUCAGUUAUGCUUCACGAGUUUACGGCGUAUGUACAUCAUCAACAACGAGGUCUGCUCCCGUCUUGUGUGCAAAGAACACGAAGUUAUGAAAGAUGAGCUGUGCCGGCAGAUGGCAGGUCUGCCCCCAAGGCGACUCCGGCGCUCCAGCUACUUCCGCCUUCCUCCUUGUGAAAAUGUGAAUUUUCAGAGACCCAGCGGUCUGUGAUCACCAAGGAAGAGGAAAGAAAGAACGUGUGGGUGGGAGGGAGAGAGUGCUCUAAGAGGGAACUCCUCAUUCAACCUCUGUCAGCCAACCCACGGACAUGAGUAUUUCUUAAACCAGCGCCUUCGCGAUGUUUAGCUUCUGCCCCCACUUCUUGAUUUUUCACUCAUUUAUCUCACUUUUCAGUACUUAAAACACAGCCUCUAUUAUUGCAUGGUUUUGCUGCUUCCCAGUAUCAUAGACAUAGUAAAUAAAUGAUUCCCAUGUGGCUUUUACACAAACAUUCUGCAUACAGUUUCAAGGGAAAAUAAACUUUAGGUUAGUGACAUUAACUACUGAAUCUGUCUGCGAUAGAUCUUAGGGUAGAAGAAGCCAUCACUGUCCAUCUUAGCUAACCACAGAACUUCAUUUAUCUUCCAUUCAAGACUUUCCUAGGUUAACUCCCCCUUGACCUCCCUAGUCCACUUUACUCUUAUUAACUACUUUGCUGGAUUGUCCUAACAUCUGCCUGGCAGGGCUUCUUUAUGAGAAGGUUAUGAUGAUUUUUGUAAUCCUAAAAAAUUCUGCAGAGCCAAGAGUUACACAAUCCGACUAGCAAUAUAUAAUAUAAAGACCAAAAAUGUUGUCUUUUUUUUUUCCAAAAAUGUUGUCUUGUGCUAAGCUCAGAGGCUGAGGCUAGAGAGAGAGGCGUGGGCCAAGUAUAAAAUUAUUCAAUUUUUCAUGCAGCCGUUCAGUUGGCAAGUAGGACUAGAAAGUCUCAUUUACUUACUCAUUUCCGGUGGAAUUGGGGUUAGCCCAUGUCCACAGCUCAUGAGACAGUUUAAUGUGAAACUGUAUCAUUGCUCUGAGUUGCCCUGAGUUGUUGCUACUUCUUUCAACCUCACCACUUACCAAAAUCUGUAGAUUAUUGAGCAAAUGGAAAUGGAUUCUGGAAUAGCCUGAUUUGGGGCCUAAGAAGGGCAUUCAGACCUGAAUUUUAAUAGGCAGGUUGAAAGUUUACCUAAUGGUUUACAGGAAAGAGUAACAGAAACACAAUAUUCAGACAACUUCCAUCCUUAUCCUGGCUCUGGCAGCAACCAGGAAGCCCCAGAUAAGCCAUGUUCCUUCAUUUCCCCAUCGUUAACAUGAGACAGGUAAAUGUACGUUAGUUCUAAGGCUUCUUUUAAUUCUAUGAGUUGAGUUUCAAAUGCAUUAUUCAUAUUUCUUGAAGCCUAGAUGCAAUCUAAUUCACAGCAACCAUGUCUGCCUUAUAAGGAAGGAAAUACCCUGUAUUAGGGCAGCAGUCCACAAUGCAAUAGGACAAAAUGCCACCAUAAAUGGCAAAUUAUAUACUACGGAUGCUUUCAUCUGAAUAGCCCACUAACUUUCUAAAAAAGCCAAUGGAAUUUAAAUAGAAACUAGGGCACUUUGAGACAACAAGUUAUGUGUGACAGAAUUCCACUUGGUAAGGGUUGGAUUCCUUCCAGAUUGCUGAAAAACCAUCUAAAUGAGGACCAGAUUCUUGAUGUUAAGAAGCCAACUUAGUUUAAUAGGAUUUGAACAACUGACUAAAGAGAAAUGCUAGAAAAAGACCCAGAGCGUAUAAUUCCUGCCCUAAUCUCUGGAAGCAAGCGUGCUUGUAAACAGACAGACACGUUCAAUGGCUAUUUUGUAGCCACUGUAGAGACAACUUGUAGGCGCAGAGUUCGUUAAAGGGUCUCUUCAGGAACUUGACCCUCCUAUGGCUUAUUGAACAAGAGGAGUCUUUCCCACCAGAAAGAGACCCAAUCCCAAGAUUGUAUUGCAAAUGAAACAUUUUAAGUAAUUACUUUUUCCAAUUUCCUUCUCAGAACAGAGUGGCUGUGCUGUACACCAGAAAUUGACACGUUGUAACUGACUAUACUUCGAUUUAAAAAAUAAAUAAAUAAGAGAGUGGCCUUU